AUGACUCCGACUCACCGUCGUCAGCUGCAUUGCACUCCGGAGACUGAUGACGGUGUCCCAGCCUACGGGCGAGGUGAUUCAGCCGCGCCCUUUGGGGUCGCCGGUUGGGCACCGAGGUCGCCGCCUUUGAUCUUUUCAUCAUCUUGUUGGCCUGUGGCUGGCAGCGGGAGAAGAGAAUUCGUUGUCGUGGUCGAUGGCCAGCUUGCUGCAACGACAACACCAUCACCAGACACACACGCGCACGCACACAACACCAUCGCGCCAUCACAGCACUGUCGUCCCCUUCUUCAGCGCACUUGCAACACGCCCCCUCCGCAUUCCCGCCUUCUUCACACCAUCAGCAUCGCAUCGCUGCCCCCGCCAUCACGCUUCGCCACCACCCUCCAACACCGCGCACAACACCACCAAAGAAACACAAUGAAACCCUACCAAGGCCCCGACGACACCACCUUCCCCGGCUACCGCAUCUUCCUCGAGAGCCGCCUGAUCUUCAACGUCACCCGCUACCCAACCCCUGAGCUCUACCAAUUUCACUACUACGGUGGCUGGGACGGCAAAUGGCGGCAGAUGUGGAUGAAAGAGGCGAGAGAGCAAUUUGAAAAGAUGCAGGGGAGUGAGGACUCUGGCAAGGGCGAUGCUGGCGGUGCGGUUAGGGUUGUUGGAGUUGCUACGAAAGAGCUGCCUCUUCUCUCAUCCAUGGUCACUUGCGUGGUUCACCUUUGCUGGCUGACUCCGCUUGCAGACACUGACCACGCAUCCCUCUCGAAGGGAAGCUCCUUGAGUCUUCGUUUCGGAGCUGACUCGACUGCUGCUCUUUCUCGCUUGAGGGAGAACUACUUCUAUUUCUCCAUUGCCACAUCCGCUAGACGUCAAAUCCUGAAGCGAGAGGGACGAUUCAGGAGAGUGGCACUAGAUGAAGUUAAUCUUACGCACCCCAGGCAUCCCAACGAGUUCAUCUUUACCUCUACCGAUCCUCUCCCUAUUGAUCGAGACAAUCGCGAGCUAUUUGCACCGCGAGACUACUCUAUCUUCCAGCGCCAACACCGUGAAGACCCCAAGGGCGAAUUGCACCUGGAUGAUUCGCUACCAACCCUGUUUCCUAGCGACGUGACCCUGCAGGUGGAAGACAUCCGCUGGCCGACUGUGAUCGACAUCGUGGGUAUUCUGGACCACGUGCUGGGGAACAUGCGUCGGAGAUUGACUUCAAGCCACGGGCGUCUUCGUCUAGCAGAUUACAAGCUCAGCCUGUACAAGAAGCACUGUUCAAAAGAAUUUCAUGAACUCAACGAUCCUAAAACCACCGACCUCCUCUGA